AUGUUGCGAUUCAGGCCGCGGGUAUUUCAAACAAACACCACUCGGUUGCAUUGGGCAUUUUUAUUUAAACGCCGACUUCAGUCCACCGUUUCGGGCUUCAGAGAGGCAAGCUGGAUAGCUCCUCCUGCUAACAAAGCGGUGGCACACUGGUUGUACUGCUCAGCGGCACUGGUGGGUGGUGUUGUUGUCAUUGGCGGUAUUACACGCCUGACUGAGAGUGGAUUGAGUAUUGUGGAUUGGAAGCCUGUAACGGGUGUUCGUCCUCCCAUCACACAUAAGGAAUGGGAGGAGGAAUUUACUAGGUACCAAAACUUCCCUGAAUUCAAGCAAAAGGACAAGAUGACAUUGGACGAGUUCAAGUUUAUUUUCUUCUGGGAGUGGGCCCAUCGAGUACUGGCGCGCAGUAUAGGGCUUGUCUACGGUCUUCCCAUGAUGUACUUUUUCUGGAAGGGCCGUUUUAAGGGCCAGAAAGCACUCACUGGGUCCAUCAUCGCCAUCCUUGCGUUGGGCGGUGCACAAGGAGCAAUGGGGUGGUACAUGGUUCGCAGCGGCCUUGACCCACGCUUAUUGGAGGAGAAACGGAAGGCAACUGUUUCAGCGUACCGCCUCGCAGCGCAUUUGGUUUUGGCCUUUACGAUUUACGCCAGUAUGAUGCGUAUUGGGUUUGGUCUGAAGCUUCCACGGCCGGUUCAUUUUCAGGGCAACACAACUGUCCAGUCCUUUGCCCGGCUUUCUUUUGCAGUUGUUUUUUGCACCGUAGUUUCGGGAGCUUUUGUUGCGGGUUUGGAUGCGGGUCUCAUGUACAACAACGAGUUCCCUUGGAUGGGUGGUGGGGUUGUGCCUCCCCGCGACCACCUUCUUGUGGUGGAGCCAUGGUGGCGCAAUGCUCUUGAAAACCCGGCAGCGGCGCAAACAUGGCACCGCCUGAUGGCUGCAGUUAGCACCAUUUCUAUUUUGGGAUUGAAUGCGGCUUGUGUUCUCCACAGCGCAGCGCUUCCAAAGAUGUUGCGACGUAGCAUGAUUUCUGUCAACGGCGUUCUGGCGCUGCAGGUUGGGCUUGGUAUUUGGACCGUUAUCUCAUACGUGGACAUCCCCAUCGCCACGGCUCAUCAGCUUGGCUCACUGCUUUUGUUGACGACGAUCAUUCGUGUCUGCGCCGUCCUUGGGUCUCGGGGACUGUGUUUAGCAUAA